UAUAAGAGAGAUGUAAAAUGAAAACAACAACAACUGGAAAUAAACCACAUUUGAAUAAAGGUUCCAUAUAAUGGUCAAAUCAUGAUGGUGCCUUUGUCAUUUUUCACCUUUGAGUUUUACAAGAAUCAUACACUUUUCACUUUUCAGGUUGACGUUAGUACAUUUCAUAAUUAACAGCCCUUCCUGAGUUGAAGUGGGUGUUAGAGCUUGAAAUUGCUAAACUGUGCAGUGAAACAGUACUUGAAAGAGAAAAACAUCAGAGUUUAAGGUCCAAACCUAACCACUGGGCUACUUUGGGACAUUUUGCUCAACUGUUUGCAGAUUAGAGUCCUUUUACUGUUUGCAAUGCUUUCCUGUUGGGCAAAGUUUCAACCCUGUUUGUAUGUUUGCAGCACAUUUCUUCACUUUUUCAGUUCACUAGGUUCAGUUUCAUAUUUCUAUAAAGUUUUAUGCCUAAAAGCAUGUGUCUGAAGAAUGAAUCCUUAUAUUACUACAACUUGAGAACUUGUGAAAUUCUGACUGAUAUCUGCAACUAAAACACCAAUUCGACAAUAACUGUGAACCAACUGCUGAAGAACCUUAUCAGUUGUGUGUGUGUGUACACGAGUGCAUGCUUGUAUAGACCUCGUGUUCUUGUAACGGGAAAAUAUAUUGGGAGACGAGAGCCACAGCGAAUGUGGCCAACAGAGCAGAGAUAAAGGCAAAAAGAGAAAACCUUUCAGUAAUAAAGCAUUUGAGCAUUUAUCCAAUUGGGAUGGAUUUUCAGUUAUGGAGUUUCUUCUGUUUCACACUGCACAGCUACUACCUGCUGACCAUCGCUGACCAAACAGUUUUCCAGUCUGAUCCACAAGCCAAGACCAUCUUUAUCCGGCCUAAACGUGCUAAUACAUUCUUUGUGGAGGAAAUUCUAAAGGGCCAUUUGGAAAGAGAGUGUUAUGAGGAAAGAUGCAACAAGGAGGAGGCCAGAGAGGUCUUUGAGGACAAUGAGAAAACGGAAGAGUUCUGGAACAUAUACUAUGAUGGAGAUCAGUGUAAACCCAAUCCUUGUCAACAUGGUGGCACCUGUAAAGACAAGAUAGGAGGCUAUAGCUGCAAGUGUACUGACAUGUACACAGGACAUAACUGUGAAAACGAUGUUUCCGAAUGCCCUUCUGGAGGCCCUCUGGUUUGUGAACACUACUGCAGACCCUUACCUGAAUCAUACCGAUGCUUCUGCGCCAGAGGCUACAACCUUCACAGCGAUGGCAGGAGCUGCAUACCUUGGGCUCAGGAUCCAUGUGGGAAUGUCAGGGUCUCAUCUGACUCUACCAGUAGGAAUAUGACUCAAAACGACCCCAUCUGCCCACAAGGAAAAUGUCCAUGGCAGGUGACCUUUGUGGAUGUCGGUGGUGAUGUAAUCUGUCAUGGCGUGAUCCUUGGAAGGAGGUCUAUACUCACUACAGCUGCAUGCAUGACAACAGACAAAGAUCUUUCCUUGAUCAUUGGCCACUCAAAUGAAAAAAUAAAUGCUUCUCAAGUGACCAAUACUCCCCAUGGUAGGUAUUUGACUGGCAAUCCUGAUGACGACUUGGCAUUCUUGGAGCUUAAGGAGCCAAUUGCUUUGGGUCCGGGCACCAUCCAGCUCUGCCUCCCAGAGAAGGAUUUCAGUGAAAACGUCUUGAUGAAAAGUGGUAAAGAGGGCAUGGUAGUGGGUGGAGCCAACAAACUUUCAUACCUCUCACUGGACGUCUGCCAUUCCAAACUCAACCUGAGCUUCUCCUUGACCAAUAAGAUGUUUUGUAUGGAGGGGAGAGAGCCUGAAGGUAUUGUAAGGAGACAACACAAAAAGAAAGAGUGUGAUCUUACAUCUGGGUCUCCUGUGGCCACAGUGGAAGGAAAUACAGCUUUCCUAACUGGACUGUUCCUCUCCCAAAAUGACUGCAGUCAGGGACUUGUGUUCACCAAAAUUUCGAGAUAUCUACCGUGGAUCCGCAGACUUCUACUGAGAACCGAGGCAGUGCAAACAUGACACAUUCAGGCAGAAGCUUAGUCGCCAGGAUGCAACUGUUUUAACAAGAUUACAUCAAUUAACCUGCUUUCAGAAUGAACCUGUUGUUUAAUCAUAAAAAUUGUACAAAAACAGUUUAUUUUACACAGAGAAUAAAAAUAAUUAGUGAAUGCA